ACAGCAAAAUACUGAGAAAGUACGGUGACGUCAUUUCCGUUAGUGCCUCGUAUUCACCAUACCAGUGAUCAGGAUGAGCUGUGUGAAAAAUGGCGGGAACUGAUUCUGGGUUCAGCCACAGUAAGACGCUGUUCCAAACUCAGGACGGAAGUCCACUCAUAUUUUACUGCAUACCAGGGGAGGUGAAAACCCAGAUACGUCCUUUGGUCAAGCACGGAGGUGGAUUAUUAACCAGUAGAUCCCGAGACGAAAAUUCCAUCAAACUCGCAGAAGAAGGGCAGUCAACGAGAGAUUGUGACACUUACUCCCACAGAUAUAUUCUGGACUGUGUGGAGAAGAACACCUUACUACCAUUGGAACAGUAUAAAAUGACUUCUACAGCAGCAUCCUCCAAAGCGUCAGUGACAACUUCUGGAAAGGGUCGCCAGAAGUUCCUGAGGAGUGAACAAAUAAAUAUACUUAAGUAUGUAGCAGAGCACUCUGACCCAACCAGACCAGUGGGUGGCAACAAAAUAUGGAAGGAAAUGGCGCUGUAUAAGAUAACGAAGCACUCCUGGCAUGCCAUGAGAGACCAUUACCUGAAACACCUCAAGGGCAAAGAGCACCUCUAUCAGUUGAGUGACAGAUUAAAGUACUCAAGAAUCCAGUUCAGGAAGGACGCAAGUCCAACCACAGAUGAUGAUGGUGAUAAAGAUGCACCACGGGAUGCAGAGGAGCACCAAAGUGAACACUCCAACAAAGAUGACAGCAUCAACAUAGACAUGUUUAACUCCUCUGAUGAGGAGGAGAAGGAAUCUGGUGACCCUACAGAGCCUACAGAAGUGAGUUCCGCACAAGGGAGUUCCGCACAAGCGACUUCUGCACAAGGGAGUUCUGCAAAAAUGACUACUGCACAAGCGACUUCCACACAAGGGACUUCUGCAAAAACGACUUCUGCACAAGCGACUUCUGCACAAGCAACUUCUUCACAAGCGAGUUCUGCACAAGCGAGUUCUGCACAAGCGACUUCUGCAAAAGUGAAUUCUGCGCAAUUGACUUCUGCUCAAGUGGAUUCCACGCUGGCCAGCACAACUCUCAGAAGAAGCCCCCUGAAACGACGAGGGAAAGUCACCCCAGUGGAAGAGAAGACACAAGGUGCCUGUGGAAGAAGUGAUGGGGCUGGAGUACAGAAAGAAUCCCAUGAGGUGCCAGCCAGCAGUGAUGACAUGGAUGACCACCUGGCAGUCCUAGCAGUUGACGUGAAGAAGAAACAGGUAAAAGAAGAGGCUAUCCUGCCAGAAAAGAGAGCCCGACUUAACCCAAACGAUGGAAAGAAUGGGGACAUUCAGGAUGUGAAGCAGGACAAACAUCAACAAGUGGGUUCUGAUGCUGUACAGGAACCAGCAAGUGCUGCAGAAGCACAGGAGGAACUGAGAGAGGAGGAUGGAAUGUUGGAAGAUGAGCCCAGGGGGGAUGAAGAGGAUGAAGAUCACUUGCUGACUGUCCUGGAAGGAUGUGUAAAAAUCAAGGAGUUAAUGACUGAGUUCAGCCUGUCCCUCCUGAUGGUCACACGUGCGCUGUACUACCACCGCGGGGAUGUGGGUGCCACAAGAACAUUCCUCCGCACCGGCAAGAAAACUCACGUCACUCCCAGACCUGGAUGGAGUUCUGACAUUGACGAGGAGAAGUGAACCCUGCUGAAUGUACAUAGUAUUGGGGUGGUGUGCACAGCAAUAAGGAUGGUCGUUGCAUAGUCAUCAUGAUUAUUGUUGCCUUGCUGUAAUUUGUGAAGCUUCAUGUCCAAAUGAUAUUGCAGGCCAUCCAAGAUGAGCAUUCUUGAGAGUUGAUCAGUGUCACAUAAAGACAUUGUUAUCAAAUUUCCCCCAAGCAAAUCAACGUGAAAGUGGGUGUCAAAUUACAUUUUGAUAGAAGAAUUUAUUUUUUCCUUCAGAAUCUGUAAUUCUCAAUAGUCUGGGUGCUAUCUCAUUAAGUUUCCAUUUAUUAUUUAUAAGGAACUGACUGGAUUCUCCAAAGAACGUUGUAUAGAGAUAUGACUAUAGAGAUGUACACAUGUAUAAUUUUCAGUCGAACUAAUGAGAUAACAGUUGACCAAUUGUCAUCACAUGUAAAUGACAUGAAUUUAUAUCUUUUUCCUUCCGAAUAUGUUUAAUGCCUAGCUGUUAUUUUUGGACCUUAAUGUCCAAAUGAUAUUGCAGGCAAUCCUGAUGAGAGUCCUUGAGAGUUGAUCAAUGUCACAUAACAUAAAAAGGCACCAUCAUCACAUUUUCUCCAAGCAAACUAAUGUGAAAGUGGGUGUCAAAUUACAUUUUGAUAAAAGAAUUUAUUUUUUUCCUUCUGUAAAAGUGUGGGUGUUAUCUCAUUAAGUUCCAUUUAUUAUUUGUAAGGCCAUGUUGAUUUGAUUACAAAAAUGUAUAUGGAUGACAUCCUCCGGGAACUUCAAAACUGAUGCGAGUGAGCGAAUAAAAAAAAAGUUUGGCCAAAAAAAAAA